AUGCCGGGCUCUGCACCCCUGUGUGCGCGUGGCAGUCCCGGCUGGCCCAGCGGGGCCCUGCCCCCCGUCCCGCAGAGACCCACCGGCAAACCAGAGGUGAACGAGCAGCCCGUCAGCCCCUACAGCGAGACCAUCUUUGGACACGUAGCCCCAUCCCGGGACCUGAAGGGUGUUGGCAUCUCCGCUGGUCAGAGCUACGAGGCAGUGUCCGAGCUAGACCUGGAGCGAGAAGUCCACAGGACAAGCAGCGAGUGCAGCAGCGAGGGACGGAGCGAGGACGAGGAGACCCGGAGCCGGCUCAUCGACCGCAUCGUCCAGAACGACACCGAGGGCUAUUCCACCGUGGAGGCACCGCGGGCCGAGGGGGCCCCCUUCAGCCUCCCAGCCCACCUCUACCCAGACGAGGUCCUGGACGACCUCACCAUCUCCCCCUACGCCAGCUUCACGUCGCUCUCCGAGCCCCGGCCCACCAUGCUCAGUGGCUGGCUGGACAAGCUCUCCCCACAGGGGAACUAUGUCUUCCAGAGGCGCUACGUCCGUUUCGACGGGAAGAACCUGAUGUACUUCAGCAGUGAGAAGGAGCCCUACCCCAAGGGGGUGAUCCCGCUGUCCGUGAUCGAGAUGGCUCGUUCCAACAAGGACAACAAGUUCCAGGUUGUCACCAGCCAUCGGAUCUUCGUCUUCCGUGCCGAGAACGAGGCCCAGAGGAAUGAGUGGUGCUCCACGCUGCAGAAGAAGGUGAUGGACCAGCGCCUGGUGGGGUCCCGACCCCGGCCCGCCAACACCGCUCACUGCCAGAAGUCGGGGACCCUGGAGCUGAAGGGCCAGAAGUCCAAGGUGUUCGCAGCCCUGAGCCUGCCUGAGAUGUGGCUGUACAAGAGUGAGCAGUUCUUCAAAAUGGGCAUUGGCAUGUUCUUCAUUGAGAUGCGUGGCUCCACCAUCCGCGAAGCCAAGAACCGCAGCUUCGAGCUCAUCACCCCCUCCAAAACGUUCAGUUUCGUGGCGGAGUCGGAGCGGGAGAAGCGGGAGUGGAUGGAGGCACUGCAGGAGGCCAUGGCUGAGAUGCUCUAUGACUACGAGGUGGCAGAGAAGAUCUGGUCCAACAAAGCCAACAAAUACUGUGCAGACUGCUGGGCUCAGAGUCCCGACUGGGCAUCCAUCAACCUCUGCGUGGUCAUCUGCAAGCAGUGUGCAGGGCAGCACCGCAGCCUGGGCUCCAACAUUUCCAAGGUGCAAAGCCUGAAGCUGGACACCAGCGUCUGGUCCAACGAGAUCGUACAGCUCUUCAUCGUGCUGGGAAACGACCGAGCCAACCGGUUCUGGGCCGCUCGGCUCCCGGCGAGCGAGGCCAUCCACCCGGACAGCAGCGCCGAGCAGAGGCGGGAAUUCAUCUCCCGCAAGUACCGGGAGGGCCGGUACCGCCUGCCCCAUCCCCACUGCCCCACCCAGGAGGACGUGCUCCAGGCACUGUGCACUGCGGUGGCAGGACCAACCCUCCUCAAGACCGUCCUGCAGUUCUUCUCGUCCUCAGAGGCUGGUCUGGCAUCUGACCCUGCUGCCAGCGAGGUGGCCCCAGGGGCUGACCUUUGGUGGGGAUUGGAGAGCAAAAGGCCCAGGAACCUUUCAGGGAGCCCCCGCGCACGGGAACCGGGUCCGGAGGGCGUCUACAACGAGAUCACACAGCCAGUGACACACAGCGGGUACCUGCACCGGGCCACGGCCCCCCCAAAGCUCCCAGGUGCCAAGAAGAGCAAAGAGGACUUCCAGCGCACGUGGUGCUCCCUGGAGAGAUCCCUGCUCUUCUUCGAGACAGAGAAAUGCACUGAGCCCCUGGGCCACAUUGAGAGUGGGGACCUCCUCUCCCUGGGUGUCAGCAGAGCUCAAGCACUCACCAGCCCCUGCCCCACCGAAAGGUUUCGCUUCACUCUCGAGCUGUUCCUCGCUGGGGAAAAAGUGCAGCAGCUGGGAACUGAUGGGCCUGAGACACUGCAGGCCUGGGCCAGUGCCAUCGGCAAGUGGUUCACACCCGUGAGCUGUCACUGCCUGCUGGGCUACGAGUUCCAGCGCGUGGGCCAGCUGCGCUACAAGUGCAUGCUCAACCCUGAGAGGUGGCAGCAGGCCUUCUUCAUCCUCCAGAAAGCUCACCUCUUCAUCUGCCCCGCCGAGGAGGACGGGGCUGAGGACAGCAUCAACCUGCGGCGGCUGCAGGAGCUCAGUCUGGUUCCCCCCACGGAGACUCCAGACAAGAAGGAGAUGCUGAUCCUGGUGGAGAUGGGGAGGACAUUUUACCUGCAGGGCUUGUCACGGGUGGACUCGGCAGCGUGGUACACGGACAUCCAGGCCUCGGCAGGGGGCCGGGGCAACGCGCUGCGGGACCAGCAGCUGAGCCGGGGGGACAUCCCCAUCAUCGUGGACAGCUGCAUCGCCUUCAUCACCCAGUACGGGCUGCGGCACGAGGGGAUUUACCGCAAGAACGGAGCCAAGUCGCGGAUCAAGGUGCUGAUGGAGGAGUUCCGGCGGGACGCCCGCAACGUCAAGCUGCGCAUCAACGACAACUUCAUCGAGGACGUCACUGAUGUCCUGAAGAGGUUCUUCCGCGAGCUGGAAGAUCCCAUCUUCACCCUGGAGCUGCACCCGCAGUGGAAGGAGGCUGCAGAAAUCCCCUCGAAGCCCCAGCGCCUGGAGCGGUACAAGGAGCUCAUCCAUCGCCUGCCCCGCCUCAACCACAAGACCCUGGCUGCACUCAUCGGGCACCUCUACCGGGUGCAGAAAUGUGCAGACCUCAACCAGAUGAGCACCAAGAACCUGUCGCUGCUUUUCGCUCCCAGCCUCUUCCAGACGGACGGCAAAGGGGAGCACGAGGUCAAGGUGAUGGAAGAUCUCAUCGACAACUACGUCAGCAUCUUCAAUAUUGAUGAGGACCAGGUAUCCCAGAUGGAUCUGGAGAACAGCCUGAUCACCACCUGGAAGGACACUCAGCUCUCACAGGCAGGUGACCUCAUCAUCGAGGUGUACCUGGAGCAGAAGCUGCCCGACUGCUGUGUCACCCUGAAGGUGUCCCCCACGAUGACGGCCGAGGAACUCACCAACCAGGUGCUGGAGAUGCGCAACGUGGCAGCCAGCCUGGACAUCUGGCUGACCUUCGAGGCACUGGAGAACGGGGAGCUGGAGAGGCCCCUGCACCCCAAGGAGAAGGUGCUGGAGCAAGCUUUGCAGUGGUGCAAGCUCCCGGAGCCCAGCGCCGCGUACCUGCUGGUGAGGAAGGUCCCCAUUGGCGAGGGCAGCUGUCUGUUCACAGGUGCCAAGCGUGAGAGCCCCAAGUGUGGGCUGCUGAAAUGCCGUGAGGAGCCCCCCAAGCUGCUGGGGAACAAGUUCCAGGAGCGCUACUUCGUGAUCCGGGACCGGAGGCUGCUGCUGCUCAAGGAGAAGAGGAGUUCCAAGCCAGAACGGGAGUGGCCCCUGGAUGCAGCCAAGGUUUACAUGGGCAUUAAGAAGAAGCUGAAGCCACCAGCCCAGUGGGGUUUCACACUGACCCUGGACAAGCAGCAGCUGUGCCUGGUGUGCUCGGGGCAGGCUGAGCUGUGGGACUGGACCACCAGCAUCCUCAAGGCUCAGCUCUCUGUGCCUGCAGACCCCACGUGGGGGGUGCUGCACCCCACUGCCCCUCCUCUGCCUUCCUGCCCCAUGCCCUCUGUGCUUACCUGUGCCCGUCUCCUCUGUUUCCAGCGCCGCCUGCACACACGAAGGACUUUGUCCAUGUUCUUUCCCAUGAAGAUUCACCAGGACUCCCUGGAGGAGCAGCAGGAGAAGGAGGUGGACGCUGAUCCUGUGUACGAGGAGGUGGGGAACUUCCCCGAGCUGGCCGUGCUGGACCUGGGGCAGGGGCUGCUGGCAGACCUGUCGGCCGUGCCCCCCGUGGACAGGUCCAAGAAACCAGCCCCAUUCCCUGAGCAGCCCCCAGCCACCCCACUGCGCUCCUCGCUGCCUGCCAGCCCGGCCCAGAGGGUGACAGGUCCCUCUGUCACCAAAGCCGUGUCCCUCGAAAGGGGCUUGAACCUGGAGAGCGGCAAAGCUCCGACCCAGGGGCUCAGACCCACCAAAACAGCCUCUCUGGAGAGGAAUGUGGAGCCUUCCCUGGCGCUGGACAGGGACUGGGAGCAGGCAGCCACACCGGGGAGCAGUCCUGGUGCAGAGAGCUCCCUGGAGCUGCCCAGGAAGAGGAGCCUGCAGCCUCCCUCGCCCAUCAAUGACAGACUCAUCCAGGAGCUCAGCAGCGUCAUCCUCAGGAAGAGCGAUGGCCAAACCCCGGGGCCGGGCCAGCCGGUGACGUGA